GGGAUGGGCGCCUGUCCCUGCUGCUGCCGGUGGCCUGCGAGUACUUGGCGGGCAUGGGCUUUUUCCUCCUCCUUCCGACGCCCCUGCCACCCACCAUGCCGCAGGGACAGGCCGCUAUGGGGCCCUCAACUACCUUGCCCCCGGCUCUUGCGGGACUGGGCCUCGGUGGGGGAGCGGGGAGAGAACUUGCCUUCUUGAGGCGUCUGCACCCUCCCUGGGGCGGUGGCUUUUCGAGGCCGCUCAGUAUAGCGGCCAGGCGAGAGAGCAGCCUCCUUGGCCAGUUUGCUGCUACGCAGGGACUACACAGGGGAAGGAGGCCAGCGCACAUCCGCCCUCCCCCACCCACCCCGACUCGUAGCUCCCGCUAGCCUUUCUCCCUGUUGCCUGAGCGCCCUGUGUGGAGAUGCCCCCCUGCUAGGGAGCGGCUGGCAUUCGAGAAAAAGGCUUCAUGACACACAACCCUUUCACUGUGAGACUCAAUAUGCUGGUUCCUUUGAUUGCAUCUUUGUCUGUCGUAAGCUGUGCCCCUUCAGAGCUACCCAGAGCAGAAGGAAAUCAUCAGAAUGGAUGUCCGCUUUUCCCCAUGGAAAUACAAAAGUGUGGGACUAAGUCACUCAUUCUCCCAUUUAUAUCACCAAAAUCAAAAUCAAGUGUGGUCAAAUGUUCCUCCCAUAACAAAUGCAAUGAAGAGGUUGUAUGGGCUGAGAAUUCUAAUUCGGAAAAGGGGAUUACCCUGGUUGGACAAAACUUCACUGUGAGGAAUGCCAGUAGGGCAAGUGAAGGCCACUACAAGAUCAUACAAAGCCUUGAUGAUAGUUGCUUGGCUGAAGUAAAUGUAACUCUGGUUCCAAUUUCAUCUGCUAAAAUGCCUUCAUCUACUGCAACCUCAUCAGCUGCUAUGACUGUGUCUCACCUGAAACGUGGUUGGUUGGUUGGUUAUGCUGCUGCUAUUACUGCUUUUCUGGAUUUUUUUUUUAAACUCUACAUUCAGCUUACCUCAGCAGCAGUCUGACCCAUGUACCUGCAGCUGCUUCUGCCUGGAACAUCAUCACCAACUGCCAAGGACAGAAGACUUUGAAGUUCACCUGACGGACCAAUUCUGUGAGUGUAUGUCCUUUCCAUCAGCCAGCCCUCCAAGUCCAUCUGCAGCUCCUUCUGUCCCCUCUCUACAGAGACAGGAUCUGGAACCUAGGCUGUGACAUCAGUUGCAAGGACCAAAACACACCAGCACUUUUCUAACUGUAUUGUGUCUUUGGCUCUUCAAGCUCCUUUACAACUAAAAUAAUGUGAGGUAAUUGCCAGGACCAAAACACACCAGCACUUUUCUAACUGUACCGUGUCUUUGGCUCUUCAAGCUAAAACUAUGUGAAGUAUAAUUUAUAUAUGUAUUAUAUAAAUUUAUAUUUUUAUUAUAUAAGCUAGCUGGGCCCGGCACAGAGCAUCUGCACCUCUGAUGCCCGCCCAGCCCACUUCUCCUUGCCCCGCCUGUGGUUUCUGGCCGGCUUUCAAGCCAGCCCGUCCCCUCCUGCUGCUGCCUCUUCGUCCCAGCGGCCGGGGCCGCUGCCGCCACCUCCUCACCCUUUAAGAAAAAAGGGAACUUUAAGAAACACGAAAGGGAACCUUAAGAAAAAGAGGAUUUUUAAAAGAAAAAAUCGCAGAUUCCAUGUGCAUGCUGACAGCGCGUGGGGCUUUUUGGGAUGCACACCGCCCCAGCAAGAAGCUGGAAGGGAUGGCAGAGAGUAGCUAAGCAGCUGUGCACCUUUUUCUUAAAGUUCCCUUUCGAAUUUCCCUUACUGUGCUCGAACUGUGGUUCGGGCACAUCCCUACAUUCUAGUCUGUGAAUGGAGAAAGUGACAGUUAUGAGAUCCCUGGUGCUAUGCAGAUAGAAGCAGAAUAGUUCUUGAUUCCUGGGAUAACGAGGGCAGGGGAUCAGCUGCUGAGGAGAUAGUUGAAGAGCCAGUUUUUAAAAGUUUCGAUAACGACGCUGAAUGUUUAUAUAUCGCUUUCAGUUCCAGUAUUAUUCUGUUUCAUGAUUACACCGUAUAUACAUAUUGAAGUAUUUGUGCAAAAUGAAGUUAUGCUUCCAGAUAUUGUUGAAUUUAAAUCCUACAAAUUCCACACUAUCCUUUUACUUCACUUUUGCAAGGAUACUAAUAAUAAAAUAUUCUACUGCAUAUGUUUAAUUUCUUGAGCUGUCAGUGUAAUCUACACAAAAUGACUUUGCCCAGUCAAUGACCGGCCUCACCUAUUAGUAUGAAAUAUUUCCACAUAUAAACAUACUGUUUAAAGCUUUCUUAUAGAGUUCUUAUUUUAAAUAGCUUUACUUCUAUGAGGCCAAUUCACUAGAACUCUGUGUAGAACUGAGCGCCCCCCUCCGACUUUUUGUGCCUUUUAUGCCUUUUAAUGACUUUUACUAUUUCUCAGGCAUUUAGGCCCUCAUGCUUUUGGUGUAUUAUCUGUUUUUUAGUAUUUUAGUCCUUUUAGUAUUAAUAUGUACCAUUUUAUAUGUAAUCACUUUUUAUCUACUCUCACUUUUAACAUGUAAUCACCCUUAUACUUUAUGCUGAGAUACACACACCCCAACAGCUGUCACAGCAACCCCCCCCCCCAAGGCCACCGCUGCCCUCGCUGGGCAGCAAGUCAUUUUUUUAAAACUAAAAAUUGAACACCCUCCACCAGGCCCUGUUUGAGGGGUGCCAAAGCCAAACAUGCCCAGUCCCAUUCGAAUCUGGUUUGGAUUUGAACCGAACUGGGCAAACCGGUUUUGUGCACGUCCCUACUAGUUUCUAUACUCUCUUGUAUGGCAUGGGGAUUUUUCAUUACAAAUUUAAAUCCACUACAGAUCGCCUCAAUAGAUAGCACCAUUUUUAGCCACCUUCAGUUCUACACAAUCAACCAACCAACAUUACGGUCACAGACUCCUCGCUUGCUGGCCUCUUUCCCCUUGGUUUCCCACAGGCCUGUUUUGGCCCUCUGUGAGUGUGCGGUGGCCAUUUUGAGGCCACGCGCAUGCAGCCCAUGUGCAACCACUCGAGUGCGGACAAGUUCUAAUUAGAACCAGUUUGCACAUUCCUAGAAUCAUAGACUCUAUAUCAGUCUAGAACACUUGGGAGGACGACUUUCUGUCACUCCCAUGCCUCUGUCACAGCAGUUCUUCCCAUGGCUGGAAAAAGCUUUUCAGCAUGCUUCAGGCAGGUUCAGCAGCAAGUAAGUAUGGAGGAAUAGCUGGUUUUCUGGCAAAUGCGUGCUCCUGCUACUUGCUCCCCUUCCAUGUUGGCUGAACCCGGCCAUGUUGAGUACCCACUUCUACCUGACAUUCUCUUCCUCAACUUCAAAUAUAGAGUAUGGAUUUCUGGGGAGUGUUGGGUAGAGGUGGGCACCUGACAUUGUCGGGUUCAGAUGACACGGAAUGGGCAGAAGCGCAUGCUCACCAGAAACCAGCAGUUUCUCCGUACUUACUUGCUGCUGUUAUAUGUGAACCUGCCCUUCAAAUGAUCUAUCCCAUCUCCUUUCUCUAGAGGGCAUGGACUGUAGAUCAGGGGUGGAGCAAAAGAUACCAAUUUAACUUCCUGACAUCAAGUUAAAAAAUUCUCUCGGCACUAGAGUUGCCAUGCCCCCCAAAAUUCCAGGUUUUACUUGGAUUUUAAACCUCUCACCCAGAUUGCUUAGUGCUCCCAGAUUUGCUCGGAUUUCAACUAUCUUUUUUUUUUUUUUAAAGCUAAGCUCUAGCCCUUGUAGAAGUGGAGUUAUGGAGCAAAACGUGCAGUUACUAUUCUGCUCAAGAAUUAUUUUAAAACCGAAUUACAUAAUAUGCAAGUUAGGUACCCGGAUUUGGAAAGUCAGAAUAUGGCAACCCUACGAGUCGGCACCUUGUUGUAUUUUCAACCAUUCUUAGAAAAUGCAGCCACUCUAGAUUUAGGAACAUAGGAAGCUGCCAUAUACUGAGUCAGACCAUUGGUCUAUCUAGCUCAGUAUUGUCUUCAUAGACUGGCAGCAGCUUCUCCAAGGUUGCAGGCAGGAAUCUCUCUCAGCCCUAUCUUGCAGACAAGCGCUAUCUCGGGAAGAAAGAUGACAGACUCAUUGUGUCUGCUGAGAGAACUUUUUUUCUCUAUACAGAAUGAAAGUUGGAAAGGUCACCUCCUCUUAUUGGAUCAAGUUAAGGCCUUUGACAAAGUGAACCACAAUUAUCUGUGGACAUUGUUGAAAGCUAAAGGUAUCCCACCCCUUUUCGUUACUUGGAUACAGCUGCUCUAUACGAAUGCAAAGGUGACACCACAGAUUAAUGGAUGGCGGGGCGACCCGAUCACUUUGCAUCCGGGUGUCCGCCAAGGAUGCCCACUGAGCCCAUUACUUUAUGUUUUGGCCUUGGAUCCGAUCCUGAUCAGGAUUCAGAGAGAACCCCAUCUGCAAGGACUCUCGGUCUCUAUCCCCCCGCCCUGUGAGACCUUCCCGGGAGGGAGGAGGAGGGAGAGUGAUGGGAUAGCCGAACCACCUGUCCACUCAGAACCGCAUUCUGAGUUUAAGGUAAAAUUUGUAGCUCAUGCCGAUGAUGUUACAUUACUGUUAUCGAAUGAAAAUGAAAUCCCUGUAAUACUAAACCUCUUCUGGGAAUAUGGCAAGAUCUCGGGCUCAGAAUUAAAUGCUGACAAAAGCGUAUUUGUUAAAAUGGACCCCGGACGCCAGCAACUCUCGUGCCUACCCAUCUCUGAAUGUAAAAGCGAAGGGGCCCCAGAGUCCAAACUGAAGUGGGUAGAUAGAGUAAACAUUUUGGGGAUUGAAUAUGGGAUUAAGGAAAAACCCUGGGGGGGAAAUUGGACAGAUUGGGAAGAAAAAGUAAUGCUUAAAAUCACCAUGUGGAAAAAAUGGAGCCUUGCCAUGUACCAGAAAGCGGUUUACAUCCGGACUUACCUGAUACCCCUGGUGCAUAACCUGGCGGUAGUCUAUCCUCCCCCGCUCGAUCACCUUCGUAGAGUUGAAAGCCAGAUCUUCCGUCUAGUAUGGCACACAGCGUCCUUCCCUUUGGCCAGUGCGGUAGCAUUUAAGGAGGUUGAGCGGGGAGGCCUAGCCCUACCUGCCCUGCAACCCUAUUUUGUAACUGAAUUCAUGUCCUACAGUUUUGGAAACUGGAUUUUCGUGAAUGUCCAUGAUAUGUCCAACCUCCUGCAAAAAACCUGGGUCUCGCUUUUUGCUCUGCGUUGGCGCAAGUCAGCAUGGGGCAUAGCAUGGUGGGGGAAAGGAUCUUUCAAGGGCAAUAUCACACAAGUAUUAAAAAGAGAACACCCAGACUACUUGAGAGAUUUGUUAUUCACACUUAAAAAAUGGAAGGUUGAACCGGAUCUAUUUAAAGGAUCCUCCUCAAUUAAGCAGCUAAGGAAAACAAUUUAUGGAGAGAUUCUAGAAGUGGGUUUCUUAAAACCUGAUUUAGAACGUAAAUGCUACAAACACCGCACUUCACAGUACUUGUUGCAACCCGAUCACCCUAUGCCUUUCCAUUUAUGGGAAACAAGGUGGCGCUUAUACCAUCAAGUACUACCACUUAAUGCGGCUAAGCCAUGGCUCCCAGAGGACCAGCAAGAGUGCCCUAAAAUCACCUGCAAACAGAAAGCUAGUGAGCUAGGCAAAACAUUCAGGGAAACCCACUCACAUUUCUUAAAAGAGUGUGUGGUAGCCAAAAGAGUAUGGCAGGGAGUAAGCAAGCUGUUAGAGUGGCCUGAUUUGGAAAAACAGACUUGGGAAGAAGUAACCUCGGGUUUGAGCGAUAGAACCUCCUUUCGAGGUCCCAGAAAGAAACCUUCAAGGAAACGGGACGGAACGGGUGCCCCCAUACUAGGGAACUGGAACGUUCCCCUUCUCGUAAUCAGGUUAGUAAACUUGUAUGUCAUUUAUGCAAUGCUCGUGCAUAGGAAUAGGGAGGGAAGACGUGACCAAGAGGUUCACGCAGAUGAGACAGUAAAUCUCUUCUGGAAAAGUUUGUAUGGUUAUGUGCAAAGAGACAAGUGUAUCUCUUCUAAACAGCAAUGGGACAAAUUGUGGAAAUGGAUGUAAGACGUAAACCCCCCCCCCGCAUUACCUGAUGUGCCUUGUAAUCCCCCACCCCCCGAGUUACAGUACUACCUGCAUAUACUUCAUAACCUUAUGGGUUUCCAAAUUCUUGUGUGUAAAUCUUUGUAUAUAUAUGAUGUACAAACAACCACUUUGUAUAUAAUCCUAUAUAAUAAAACCCUAAGUGAGUGUCCGUGGCCUUGGAACGUUGGGGAUCUGCGUCCCUGUCUCCCUGGGCUGUUCUGGGCCUGCGCGAAGCGCAGGCCCAGAACAGCCCAAGGGAGACAGGACCGCAGAUGCCAGUGUCCCAAAGCCAUGGGCGGCCAUUUGGCAACAAACACCCGACCUCCUGCCGCGGUCCCACGGGCGGCCAUUACGGCCCAAUCGCUGCCCGCCCGCCCGCCACAACCGUCCCGGCCCCACCGGCGGCCAUUUCGGCCAAAUCCCCGGUCCUCCUUUCACA